AGACUGAUGGAGGAUAGAAGGGACAGCUACUCGCAAGCAGACGUCAACGCCGACACCUAAACAAGUCCACAAAGAGUGAGAAUGCAGCAGGAACAGCCCGUGGGUGCAGGCGAUGUCCAGGCCUGAAUUGGAAAAGUUUGCAGGGACUGUCACUUUUUAAAGUGCACGGUCGCAACAAAGCGAAAAGUGCAUCCAGCCCACAUGGAAAUCAUUUGAAUUGACAGUCAACGCGGUGUCACAGAGGCGUUAAAUGUUUCUCAAGUACAGGCUGCUACCGUCCUGACAACAUGACCCGUUUGGACUGCGGGCUUCACGCUUCUGGACAAGGAGUCUCUCUCAUUCACCUCCUCGUCGCUCUUCUGGCGCUCCUGGAAAACUGCAAAGCAUUGGGAUUAUCACAUGAGUCAGAGAGAGUUCUGCGGGAUCUGCCUCAGUAUGAAGUGGUUCACCCCACGAGAGUGGAUGCCAGAGGUCACUUCCUGUCCAACUUCCUGUCUCACCAUGCUCGGCGUGUACAGCGCCGGGAAGCCUCAGAGGGACCAGCAGACUUGGAUCGAGUCUUCUACCAGUUGUGGCACGGAGGCCACAGUUUGCACUUUAACCUCACCCUCAACCCAUACCUGCUGGCUCCAGGCUUUGUGACUGAGAGGAGAUACGGUGGCCUGGAUGGGGCCCAGAUCCAUCCUCCUGGAUCCUCCAGGUGCUAUUUCUUAGGUGAAGUGUGGGAUGAGGCCCUUGGUAGAGGACGUGCAGCCAUUAGUACCUGUGAUGGACUGACAGGACUGUUCAAGUUGUCUGAUGAAGAGUAUUUUAUUCAGCCUCUGGAAAAAUCCAGUGAUGAGACCUCAGCACCUCAGGCCCAUGCCAUCUACAAACGUCACGUGUCCCCUCCCUCCUGGAGUCCAGUCGUACAGCCCAUCUCAGGGAAACAAGCUCUCAAUGGUACCUGUGGAAACAAAAAUUCCCAUCAAAGUUUUGUAGACACUGAGAGACAGCGGGAACGGUGGGAGCGCCGGCGGCAGAGAAGACGAAGAAUUCGUCAGCGCUCAGUCAGCAAAGAGAAGUGGGUGGAAACACUGGUGGUGGCCGACCCGAAAAUGGUGGAGCAUCAUGGGAGCAAAGCUGUGGAAAGCUACGCCCUGGCUGUCAUGAACAUUGUGGCGGGUUUGUUCCAAGAUGCCAGUAUUGGAAAUGCAAUCAACAUUGUGGUUGUUCGACUCAUCCUGCUGGAGCAGGACGAGGAUGACUUGAAGAUUACACACCAUGCAGAUAACAGCUUGAACAGCUUCUGUAAGUGGCAGAAGAAACUCAACAUGAAAGGAGACGAACACCCGCUGCACCACGACGUAGCCGUCCUGCUCACCAGGAAGGACAUCUGUGCAGCCAUCAACACACCCUGUGAGACUCUGGGUCUGUCCCACGUGGCGGGGAUGUGUCAGGCACAUCGUAGCUGCAGCAUCAGUGAGGACACUGGCCUCCCACUGGCCUUCACUGUAGCUCAUGAGCUGGGACACAACUUUGGGAUUCAGCAUGAUGGCAACGGUAAUGACUGUGAACCCAUUGGGAAACGACCUUUCGUCAUGUCUCCACAGCUCCUGUACGGCACCUCCCAGCCCAGGUGGUCACGCUGCAGUCGCCAGUAUAUCACCCGCUUCCUAGAUCGCGGUUGGGGCUGGUGCCUUGAUGAUGCCCCGCUGAAGGAUAAGCUGUCUCUGAACUCGGUGCUUCCUGGGGUUCUGUACGGCGCUGCCCAUCAGUGUCGGCUGCAGUAUGGAUCGGGGUCCCUGCUCUGCGAUGACAUGGACAAUGUGUGCAGCACUCUGUGGUGCACUGUGGGAACAACCUGCCACUCAAAGCUGGACGGGGCUGUGGAUGGGACGAACUGUGGGGAGGACAAGUGGUGUUUCAGUGGGGAGUGUGUAGCAGUUGGAUAUCAGCCAGAGGGUGUAAAUGGUGGCUGGGCUUCGUGGAGCGAGUGGUCAGCCUGUUCGAGGACGUGUGGGGCUGGAGUCCAGAGCGCGCAGAGAGACUGUGAUAACCCGGUUCCAAAGUACAGAGGGAAGUAUUGUCUGGGAGAGAGGCGGCGGUACAAGAUUUGCAACACUGCACCAUGUCCUGAUGACCUGCCCUCCUUCAGAGACAUCCAGUGUAGUCACUUCAACAGCUUGCCGUACAAGGGCAAGUUCUACAAGUGGGAGGCAGUCAUCAACAGAAUGAACCCUUGUGAGCUGCACUGCCGUCCACUGAAUGAACAUUUUUCUGAUAAGAUGCGUGACGCCGUCACUGAUGGGACGCCGUGCUACCAAGGCAACAAAAGCAGAGAUUUGUGCAUCAAUGGCAUCUGUAAGAGUAUCGGCUGUGACUAUGUGAUUGACUCCAGUGCCACAGAGGAUCGCUGUGGGGUGUGUCAUGGUAACGGCUCCACCUGCACAACUGUGAGGAGAACAUUUGAGGAGACUGAAGGACUUGGCUACGUAGACAUCGGAUUGAUCCCAGAAGGAGCCUGGGACAUCCGCAUUGAGGAGGUGGCUGAAGCUGGGAAUUUCUUGGCGUUACGAAGUGACAACCCCAACAAAUAUUUUCUGAAUGGUGGCUGGACGAUCCAGUGGAACGGAGAGUACAAGGCAGCCGGGACAGUAUUCACCUACGAGAGGACAGGACAGCUGGAGAACCUCACGUCUCCUGGACCCACCAUGGAGCCACUGUGGAUUCAGCUUCUUUUUCAGGAGACAAAUCCAGGAGUGCGGUACGAGUACACAAUCAGUCGAGACACCAGGGAGGAUAACGACAUCCCUGCGUCAGUUUUCUUCUGGAAAUAUGGUUCAUGGACUGAAUGCAGUGUUACCUGUGGAACAGGUGUUCAGAGGCAGAUUGUUCACUGUGUGGAGAAGACAACUGGGAUAGUGGAGGAGCACCUCUGUGACCCUUUAACCCGACCUGAUGAUAACCAAACCAGCUGUGACAAGGAUCCAUGUCCAGCCAUAUGGUGGGUCGGGGAGUGGCAGAAGUGCUCAGCGAGCUGUGGGAGCUCGGGCCAGACGAAAAGGACAGUGCUCUGCAUCCAGGCAGUGAGUACAGAGGAGCAGAAAGCACUGCAGCCCAGUGAAUGUGAACACAUCCCCAAACCUGAGUCACUGUCCUCCUGCAACACACACAUCCCCUGCCCAGCAGACUGGACCAGGGGCAACUGGUCAAAGUGUUCACUGACUUGUGGAGGCGGAGUACGUCGCCGUAACGUGACCUGCUCUAGAAACACAGGGAUUGACUGUGACCCUCAGAAGAAGCCCCACGCUGUGACUACCUGCAACACCCAGGACUGUCCACCAGUGGCUGAUAACUUCGGAGGUAUGGACUGGUCUGGAAGCGGCUGGUCGAGCAAAGAAGUGCUCAAUGAAAUCAACUCCAUACCUGAAGUCAAACCUCCUCCCAAAUACAGCACCACCAGAGCCCAGCCAAGAAACAAUAAUAAUAAUAAUGACCUCAACAACAAUGUGGAGGGAGAUUUUCACUAUCACAAUAACAUUGAAAAUAUUGACCCCUCUGCGGAAAACAGCGUUCAAGUUGACGAUUUUUAUUAUGACUAUAAUUUUAUCAACUUCCAUGAAGACUUGUCGGAGGACUUUGAUGGACAAGAUCCAGAAUCCAGCGCUCCCCAGGAGACCAAGCCAACAGUCAGUGUGGAAGAAAACACUGACAUGGAAACAACAAAGGCUCCUUUAACCAUUGAUGCUGGUUCAAAGGCCACUUCCUACACUUUGAACACUGAGGAGCCACAGAGCACAGAUCUGGACAAUAAGAAGGACAACGGAGCAACAAAGGAGCCUAUGCAAACAAGUUCUGAAGAUUUGGAUGACUUCCUGUUUGAGGAUUAUCUUCUGCCGGUGUCUACCACUCGCUCACCGCCAUUGUCUACGACUCAGCGUUCACAAACACAUACAGAGACGCAUGACGAGGAUGUGUGGCGGUCUGAAAACAUCAGCACAAUGCCUGGUCCGGCUACAGAGGAGCCUACACAAGAUGUGAAAUGGGAGCAAUAUGGAGAGGAGGCUGAAAAUAACUAUGACAUUUUCACUGAGGAUGUGACUCCAAAAGACGCUGCUCCCACACCCGGACAUCAAACCACAAUCAGUACUAUUGUCGCUGAAACAGUGAGUACUCAGGCAACGGAUGAACAUGAUGAUUAUGAGUACAGCUACAACAAAAAAAGUACUUCAGGUCCAGAUGUAGAGAGUCCUGAACCUUUAGGCUCUCCCACACCAGAAACUGUAGUUCACGUUCAGACUGAAGUUCAACUGGACGAAGGUGCUUCAGAAAUACCUCUAACAAUCAGUCAGUCAACAACAUUUACAACCGCCUUCACAUCGGAGGAUCUGGAUUUGGCUCAGACUAAUUUUGAUACAGUAUAUGACACUAGCGAGGGUGAUUCAUGGGAUACAGACCUCAGCACAACCUCACUUCCUGCCUCUGAGACGUCCACUCCUCCUCUGCUAAUCUCAGGUAACCAGGAGGCCUCCAAAGACUCCACAUCGUUAACUGGAACAGAAAUCAUACCUCCUCCAAACCUGGAGGGAGCCACUCUGCCUCCCCCAGCUGAUUUCCUGCCAGCUACAAAGAAACAGAUGCAGACCGAACCCGCCUUCACUGAAAGAACUGGAACAGAUGCCACAUCCCGCGCUUCACCAUCUGAUUUCGCUGAUUUUGAUUACAAUGAAAUAGUCGUUCCCCCGAUGCUGAGGAGAAGCGGCAACACCAAUUCUGGUCCUUCGUACCGGCUUCCAACAAACGCAGCAACCCCUCCUCAACACAGCACAACGCCAGAACAUCUCAUUGAAUUUCCAACACCUGCUGUGCCGACCUUGCCAACACAUCCGCCUCUUCUGUGGCCGCUUCCAGUGCUGACAUCUGCCUCAACUUCAGCUUCCACGCAAGUGACUGCUGCCGCCUACUGGGUCACCGGCAACUGGAGCACUUGCUCCACCAGCUGUGGUCUGGGUGCCAUCUGGAGGACGCUGUCUUGCAGCACUGGCUCAGACUCUGACUGUGAUCCAGCUAAGAGGCCUGUGCCAGCCCAGAGGUGUUACCUGCGCCCCUGCGCCAUAUGGAAAGUCGAAGAGUGGAGUAAGUGCUCCAAGAAUUGUGAAGGCGGCGUUAAAUCACGAGAGGUCCAGUGUUUCGACUUGCGGGAUCAAAGGCCCCUGCGACCUUUCCACUGCCGGGCCAUGUCCUCCAGGCCGCACACCCGGAUGACCUGUAACCUUCAGCCAUGUCUGGACUGGUACACGUCCUCCUGGGGUCAGUGCUCUGAGGUGUGUGGGGGAGGUGAGCAGCAGCGUAUGGUCACCUGUCCAGAGGAGGAUCGAUGCGAUGUGGACCUUCAGCCCAGCAGCAUCCAGUCGUGUAAUAGCCAGCCUUGUGCCCAGUGGCUUACUGGAUCAUGGGGACAGUGUUCGGCUUCUUGCGGUGGCGGAGUGCAGCGUCGACUCAUCAAAUGUGUGAAUACGAAGGCCGAGACAGAAGAAGAAGUGGAUCAGGGUCAAUGUGACCAUGAGCUGCAGCCUGAGAACACCCAGAAGUGUAACCUGCUGGAGUGUGAGAGUGUCUCCUCUGGAGCAGCUUGCCUUCGAGAUCGCCUCACAUUUCGCUUCUGUCAGACUCUCCGUUGGCUCGGCCGGUGCCACUUGCCCAACGUGAGAGCCCAGUGCUGCAAAACCUGCAGCCAGCGUUCCCGCUCCAUCAGCAUGUCUCGCCCCUGAGCUGACACAAAGUAACCACUCAUCAACAGGAACACUGAAGAAAUAUAAACCAUCAUUUAAGUUCACCAAUCUGAGCCUUUCCUGAGUUCUUUGCCACUGCAGACUACGUGUGAAUCAGUCCCGCCCCAAAACUCAGCAUGUUUGUGCUGGUGACGUCAUCAUACAGGGCUGACACUGAUUGGAGAUGUAACGAAGCCUCUCUUAGCAAAACAAUGAGAAUGUAAAUAUUUUUUUGCACUUUUUAUAUCAUGCAGAAUCGAGAUUUCUUUGUAACAUAUGUGGUGCUGUGUAAGGGUUCUUCUGUUGAUGUAGCCAGCUUUAUACUGCGUUAUUACACAUGUAGAUAAACCACUCAUUAACCUCUACGGUUGGUACAAUGCUCUCAUUUUGAUGACAGCAGCAGAAACUGAACAGAUCUAACAGACAGGGAAACAACUCACUAUGUGGUUUUUACGUAUAUAAUGUGGUACAAGUGUUACCAAGUAAAAAAAUAAGGCUUCGUGUGACAUUAUAGAUAACUGUUAGCUAAGCCCCCCCCCCUUAAUUACUGUAGCUACCAUUUAAAAUUCUUGGUAAUUUCUGAAACAGUGUAUGGUUGAUUUCAGACAAGAGCAGCCUUCUCAUAUUUAGUCUGUGACUGUUGUUUUAGCCAACAAAUAUUAAAACAUUAUCAGCUGUAGCUAGCUAACUAUGCAAAGGUUAUCUCCUCAAGCUCUUCAAAUUUUUUAUGUUUUGAUAGGACUUGACUACGUACGUGAUGUUGAUCUCUGUUUAUCUGCGCCUAACAAACUAUUUGCUGACAGCUUCUCACCCUCAACCAGAGCUACAACAAGUACUUUCUGCCUCAACAUUUUAGGAGCCAGCUACUAAUUACUGAGGGAAAAAAUGUAGAUUGAUUAUGCAGGAAGGUUAGUGUAAGGACAUGAUGGGGUGGUUGGUCUAUACAGGCAGGGCUGUUUCAAGACACUCUGGGAGCCCUAGGCAAGAGGCACCUUGGAGCCAACC